AACGAGAAGAUGCAUUGAUGGAUGGUGCCUGCAUCACGUAAUCCCUGUCGAGCUUCGGCGAACGUGUCUUCACCUCCGGGGCGGCGCACGAGCUCCCCCAUCCUCCACCACCCGGGCCCGGCCAUCCUUCCCACGUACUUGCUUCCUCUCCUCUGCUGGCACCUGCAGAUGGAGCCACCGCGCCACAUUUCACCCGUCUUUGAGCGUUUUGCAUAGUCACUGCCCGUCAUGAGAGUUGCGGCCUACGUCGGGACCUCGGUGGCCCUGGCCGCCUCGGUGGUAAUGCGCGCAGCAUACGAGCGCCCCAAUUUCUAUUCAGCCUGCGUUUACCUCUCCCAAUCCAAUGCCUGCCUCAUGAUCCUCACGAACCUCGUCCUGUUAUGCACUGCUUCUCUUAUGUACGGCCUCCAGCGCCUGCUUUACGGCCCCCUCCGACCCAUGGAGAUUGAACGCCUCUACGAACACGCCUGGUUCGCCGUUACCGAGACUCUUCUCGCAAUGACCAUAUUCCGCGACGAUGUGGGCGUGUGGUUUUUCGUCAUGUUUGUCAGUCUCAUCGCCGGGAAGAUAUGGCAGUGGAUCGGAGCCGGUCGCGUCGAAUUCGUGGAGCAGCAACCGCCAACGAGCAACGAGCUCUUCUUCCACAGUCGGUUGGCAAGCAGUUUGUUGUUGAGCAUCAUCUACGAUAUGAUCAUGCUGGGAUACUGCGUGGACACGGUGCGGAGACAGGCCCGGCCGAACAUGAUCGUCAUGUUUGGGUUCGAGUACGCGCUGUUGCUCGUUGCCAGCUUCGCGACUUUCUUCAGGCACAUUUUGGUGCUUACUGACUUGGCAAUUGCUGCGAAGCAAACAGAGCUGAAGCGACAGGAGAUGCUGGAGGACAGGAGGGCCGAGCUGAGACGCCAAAGAGAAACCGACGCUACGGCUCAGGGUGGAGAGGCUGUACCCGCGGCCGAGGCUGAGGUUGAGGUUGACGAUAACGAGAUCGAUGUUCCAGGAUGGGAGGGCAAGGGUCGUUGGAUAUUCUACUCGGACCUUGCUACCGACUUUGUCAAGUUAACCAUCUACAUGGCUUUCUUCGUCAUCCUCAUGGCAUUCCACGGUCUCCCCAUCCACAUAAUGCGGGAUGUCCUCUUAACUUUUCGAUCCUUCCAUCGCCGGAUAUACGACUUCCUGCGUUAUCGCAAUGCCACCCGCGACAUGAACACUCGCUAUCCGGACGCUACUCAGGAAGAUCUCGGCGACAACAAUAUCUGCAUUAUUUGCCGUGAAGAAAUGCGCCCUUGGGCGCAACAAGAACAACCCCCGAUUACCGAGGAAGGUGCCCGUCCACCUCCGCCACCUCCCCGCAUCGACGAACGACACCGCGCCAAGAAGCUGCCAUGUGGCCAUUGUCUUCAUAUUAGCUGCCUACGCAGCUGGUUAGAACGGCAACAGGCUUGCCCAACCUGUCGGCAGCCUGUCCUUGCCGAAGAGAACCAACGGCGUCAACAACAGAAUCGUGCGAACCCACCCCUAGCUGGCGCACAACCAGGUCAGCCUGCCGACCCCAAUGCGCCUGGUAACGACCCAAAUGACCUACAAUUCCCUGGUGCACCGCGCAUCCGCCACUUUCAGUUUGGCCCUAUCCGUAUUGGCUAUGGUGUCAGACAGAACAUCAUUCCGCCUAACCCACAACCCGGUGCAGCUCCUGCAAUCCCUCCGAUCCCUCCGGUUCCAGCUCCUGCCGCUGAACCCACUCGCCAACGAACGAGCCACCGUGAUCGUGGCAAUAGAGAGACACGGCAUCUACUUAGAGAAGCCCUCGCUAGGCCUUUGCGUGAGGGUUCGGUGCUCGCGCAAACUAUGUGGCUGGACCAACUGGAAAGGAGGUUGAUGGAUGAGAUACAAGCGCUCAAUGUGGCACAGAGCCAGUUGUACGUUGUAAGAGCGCUCCAGGCGGAGUAUAUGCGGUUGAGGAAUCUGCAAACGACGCUGGCGAACGAGAGAAAUGGUAGAGAAGGGCUUGGUGCAGGGCUUGCUGGACUAGGCGGCGGAGCUCAGCCGGCUAACACACAGCUGCCCAAUUUGUUUAGCGGCAUGAACGUGGGCGGUCUGAACCCAACCGCUCCUCGAGUUUUCCAGCCCGCUCCGGGGCCUCAGCAUCCCGCCCUUGGCACUGGAGACGCUAAUCUGCCUGAAGGUCUUACACUCCCGCCUGACUGGACACUUUUACCGUUGCAGCGGGCGCCUGAUUCACGAAACGGGCACCGCCCUUCGGAGUCCAUAUCACAGAUUCUAGGACCUGGAAGCCGUGCAACCUCUUUUUCUACUACUUUGGGCAGCCCACGCCAGGAGAGACAGCCUGUUCCUGACGACAGCGUGGCGGCAUUGCAGGUUUGGGACGAGACGAUGAGGAGGACCUUGCGGGACGCGCAGGAUAGAAGCCUUGCGCCUUUGGGCUCGAGUGCGCCGACUCCUGUGCCCCCACCGUCGCAGCCGGAUGGCACUUUGGGUUCUACAUCUACGAACACGGCCGCAAGGCCCUCGACUCCUUCGGCUCCCACAGGGCCUAGAGCAUCCGGACCAACGAACGGCCUCUUCCGCCACUCGGCCACCGGCUCAAUCGGCCGCCCCAGCUCCAGGCCCAGCUCCAGCAGCCUAGCCCAGACGCAGACUCCGGCCGCCCAAGCCCAACCCAUCUCGCCCAUGACGACGACGGUUCCGGCCCCGAGCUCAUCGAUUGAUGCCACAGCGAGCACCGCGGCGGCGGCCCCUCUUCCUAAUUUCGCCGCUGCCUCGGCGGGCGGCAGCUUGCUUGAUCGCCUUGGCCUCGCGACGCCGGGCACUUCGACCCCGGCGUCUAUGUCUGCUUCUACGGACACGGUGAGCACGUCUGCUUCGGCGAACGAGGCGGCAGCAGCAGCAGCGCCGCCACCACCGGCACUGGACAACCCGUUUGCGGAUCCGGUGGAUGCGGAUGGGGGAGAGGAGCGGAUGGGUGCUGCGGGGGCGGGGGAGGAGGCUGCUGAUUCUGGAGUGGUGACGGAACCUCCUGUAGCUGAGGGUGCUGCGGAGGCGGGUAAUAGCGGCGUUGGUGGUAGUGUUGUUGGUAGCGGUAGUGGUAGCGGUAGUGGAGAUAGCGGGACGGGCGACGAUGGCGCGAAGAAAUUGCAGCCGAGCGUGGAAGAGGGCGAGGACGACGGGACUUGAGGACUUGAGGGCUGGAGAGCUUGGUUCGUGUGUCCAUAAGCGUCUAUAAAGUCUGAGUCUGUCCGGUUCGCACGUCCGUCUUUACCAUGGAUGGCUGUAUGUUUUUGACCU